UCUUGCUGCUCAAACCACGUUUAACCACAUAAACUAAUUCACAAUGCCUGCAUUGAAGGCCGGAGACGUUUUCCCCAGCGAUGUUGUCUUCAAGUACAUCCCAUGGACUGAGGAGAAGAAGGGAUUCAAGACCUGCGGUGUCCCUGUUGCAUACGAUGCCUCCAAGGAGUGGGCCAAUAAGAAGGUCGUCCUCGUCUCCGUUCCAGGUGCUUUCACCCCAACCUGCUCUGCCACCCAUCUCCCUGACUACGUCAGCAAACUCGGUGAAUUGAAGAACAAGGGUGUCGAUAACGUUGUUGUCAUUGCCUUCAACGACCCCUUCGUCAUGAGUGCCUGGGGCAAGGCCAAUGGCGUCACUGGUGACGACAUCCUCUUCCUCAGCGACGCUGGCUCCCAGUUCUCCAGUGCCUUUGCCUGGACCGCCCAUGAGGGUCGUACUGGCCGUUACGCCAUGGUCAUCGAUCACGGCAAGGUGAUCUACUCCGAAAAUGAGCCUGCUAUCCCCAAUGUCACUGUCUCUGGUGUCGAUGCCGUCCUCGCCGCUUUGUGAUUUCCCCUUUCAAUAGAGGUAUAGAUAUGGCCUAGAGUCU